AUGAACUCUUCCUCUUCUCGAGAUUUCCAGGAGUGGGUAGAUCGACGCCAAAGCAGUCAAUCUGCCUCCACCGUGUCGUCCGCGUCAACAAGUAUCCUCUUCCCGAGCCCUGCGACAUCUCCAGGGUCCAGCUCAAGGAAGCAUUCCUGGCAGCUCUACGACGAUGUCGUGCGGCUCGAGCUGACUCCUUCUGUGCAGAUAUCCUUUGUCAAAAAUGGCCAGCUAUUCAAGCUGAAAUACAAAUUCAUUGACAUCUGCAAAGACUCAACGGGCGCAUUGAGGUGUCUCGAACUAGGGGGAGGACUAGGCCAGCAAACACCUUUUGUCCAUGGUUUUGCCAAUACAAAACUCCCAGUCCCUCACCUAGAGCAUCCAAAAUCAGGCGAAGAUUUCCCUCUUCGCGUAUCUUUUAUGGACCAGCAAACUGUUCAAUCCGCAAGCACGAUCUUUAUGACGCAACUAUCAUAUAAAUUUGAUCAUUGGGAUGAUUGUGUACGAUUUCAAGAAUUGCUGCUCGGCUCCAAGUUGGUGUUUAUUGGGGGGAUGGCGGAGGCCAAGUCCAAAGGCCGGGGUGAAGAGUGCAUCAGCCAAAAUCUUCGCAUCCUCCGCGGGCCCAACGGGAGACAGGUAAUGUUGUUCUUUGCCAACUCGCAACGACGGGAGCUCAAACGAUACAUUUCCAUUCCCUCCGGGCUAGUAAAUUGCAUCGCUUCCAUUAAACCCCCCAAGAAGGCCGGGCGGCCAGCCCUACUUGAUCUGAAUCCGAACUUCGAGAUCCUAUCUCAAAUGAGAAAUCUUACGAUUCAGUUCCUUGACGAUGAUGGUCAGUGCACAUUUUAA